UACGUUCCCGUAAUUACAGUCAUCGAUUGUUGUUUUUUUUUGUUGAUGUGGCUGAUGAAGUUGCAUUCCACGCAGUUUUAUCCAUAUUCAAAUUGACUACGUUCCCGUAAUUUCGCACUUUUUUAUUUUACAUGCAGUUAUUUCACUUUAGUCUCGAAGUAAACACGCAACGUGGAUGUAUUUGUGAAAACGAAUGAGAACUUCCAUCCUUGAACUAAAUAGCAGAUAUUUUAACAAGCAUUUAUUUUAAUGUGUUUUUAUUAUUAGUCAAAAUUUCGUGCCGAGCUGGUGUCUUUUGCCACUGAUGUCGGUUGUUAACGUUAGAUAACGUAAAUUAGACAACGCACUAGAGUGUGAGAUGACAGGAAAAAAAUGCAAACGAGCAGAUCUCCAAUUUCGGCGAUGGUGCUGAAAAUCUCAGCCACCUUCCUGCUACCUUUCGGUAUGGAAGAUGGCGUCCAACCCUGAGAUUGCCGCGGCGCAGGUGUCACUCAGGAACGACAAAAACGCGAACCAGUGUAUAUCGGACCAAGAACACACUUCUGGAAGUACUUCAUAGUUUUCAAACGUCUCCAAUGACACUUUAGUUGGUAAAUAUUGUACCAAAGAUACAAGAGAAAAGAAGACGGAAACAUGGAUAGAGGACAUGGUGCCACCUACACAGGAGGUGAUAACCACCUACUCGAAUACUGGGAGGAAUAUCAGAAAAUGAUAGAGGAAACAAAAAUGUUGGACGAUUAUCUUGACGAAGAAUGCCCACGAAGUUAUGAUGAGGGAGAAGAAGAAGCUGAAUGGUUACGUGCAGCAGGCUUAGGACAGUUAACAGAAGCAUGGAAAGCAGGCAGGGAAGUACAACCGGAGGAAUUAGGAGCAGCCUUGCGUCCGCUAUCGCGAGCUCAAGCAGAAGCUGUGAAACGUCGCGUGAGAUCACUCAAUCACACAGUUAAACAACGUUUUAAUCAACGCCAACGUGUUCGCAAGCCGGACAUUAGAGAUGUUUUUAAAGACGUAGAGGUGUCUAGCACGGGCACACGAUCACGUAGCGCUACUCCUGAUUCUCUCGAUUCAAUUCCAAGUGCUACACCAGAAAAUGCAUCACCUCCUUCACCUCCGACGGUUACCGUUUGCGAGGAUGCACAAAACGCUUGCAUUCCGAGUUUUGUAUCGAUAUUUCAUCGUGCGUCAAAUGAGGGAAAAGCAACAGUUCGUAGAACACCAAGUGCUCCACAGACUGUUCUCAGCUCUGCGUCAAUGCCUGCUCCUGCUCCUGUACCUAUACAAGAAAUUUUCAGAAGAACUGGCAACUGGUCGAGGGGAGAUGUCGCGAACGAUUCUGAAGGAAUACAGUUAACCGGCUAUCAUAGAUUGGGGACGGUACACAUUGCCAGACCAAGUCAGAGGCAUAAUAACGAUGAUCUUAGUGAUGUAACAAGUGGUACAGCACAUUCAGAUAUUGAGUCAGUCAAAAAAUUGGCCGUAUCAAAGGAAUCAACUCUUCGACGAAGUUCGGGAAGUCACGCGACAGUAACUCGAAGUCACAGCAGUUUAUACGGCUUGACGAGACCGACGGAUGAAAACUUAAUAGCUCGUCCGCUAAGUCGCACGUCGUCGCAUGGUCAUCUCAGUUUUGAAGAGAUGUGCAGAACCAACGAGGCGAAAUCUCAAGCGUGGUCUUCUGACAAUCUUACGGCCGCUGAAGAUUAUGCUCGGCAAGAUGUAGAUUUAUUAUCGCAACGAGAUCUUACGAGAUUGCAGCCCCUUUUGUGGCUCGAACUAACGGCGAUUUUCGAUAAAUAUAAUAUACCACUUACGAGACGGAAGCCCAAUAAGCGACGAAGAAAAAGUGGAAAUUUAUUUGGCGUUUCUUUGUCAACACUAUUGCUCAGGGACAGUCAAUUAACAAGUGAAGAAAAUAACAUACCAUUAGUGUUCCAAAAGAUUCUUAGUGAAUUGACAACGCGUGGAGUGAAAGAGGAAGGUAUUCUUCGUGUCGGUGGCCACAAGCAAAAGGUGGAAAUGAUCUGUACGGAGCUGGAAACAGAUUUUUAUUGUAAACCAAAGGAGAUGGAUAAACUGUUUAAGCGCACUCCAUGCCACGAUUUAUCGGCCGUUUUGAAAAGAUUGUUACGGGACUUGCCACAACCACUUCUCACUGUUGAGCUGAUUGAUGUUUUUUAUCAAAGUCAUGGCGUAAAGAAUCCUAGUGACUUGAUGUACGCUCUUAAUUUGCUGGUGCUGUUGCUACCCGUCGAACAUCGGUAUACUUUAGAGGCGUUGUUAAAUUUUUUAAAACUGGUUGUUGAGAAUCAGGCGUCGAACAAAAUGUCGAUUCAUAAUGUGGCGAUGAUAGUAGCACCGUCGCUUUUUCCACCUCGAUACAUUUAUCCUCGGGACCCUGCCGAUCUAACUGCUCAGGUCAACAUGGCUGCCAUAUGCUGUCAGGUAACGGAAGCUCUACUUAAUAAUAUUGAUAAGUUAUGGCGCGUUCCGACGGAACUGAUAAAUCAAUUACGGAGGCAGUCAGAAGUAGAGAGAUAUCGUAAAUACAAAAAAAAGUAUUACUGAUAAUUAAAUCGUUUAAGAUAAUGAUCGCAUACUUCAAAUUUUCAUUUCGUUACUUUAAACCAUAUUAAUGCAUAAGUUAUGUAACAUAUUAACACAUCGAAUUUUACAAAGAAGGUAAGUGAUUUGCGAUAUAUAACACUGGUCAAAAAAAUAAAUUUUUUUGUCACAAGAUUUAAAUCGGUGAAUCUACUGAUAUUUUUUAUGUUGAAAUCAAGUAUGUUUUUAGAUUUUCUCUAUCGGACAAAAUUAUUAAGUAACACAUGAUCUUAGUUUGACAAAAUUGAGUACUUAAAUAAUAAUACUAAGUUAUGCUGCUUUAUUUAAAAAGUAACAGUCGAUGAUUUUGUGGCACAUUUUGCUUGUGAAAGAUCUCUUUUUUUUGUCCAACAAUAGUCAAUCAGCAUAUUAGGAUUUCUACAAAGGGUUACGCAGCCCAUAUCUCAACAUGUGAGAAUAUAAAUUUUUUUUAGCCUGCACAGUCUUUUUUUACUGAGGAAGAGUAUAUGUUUACUGUUAUUAUAACAAUAAUAUUCAUACAUUAUAUUUACAAUACAUAAAGAAGACCAUUACAAUAGUACAAAUUAUCAUUAUAAAAAAUACUAAAAACGAUAAAAUUAUAUCAGAAAUAGCUGUUAGAAAAACUGUGGAUGAUAGAACAAAUCUGAUUCAUAUUUUAAUUCAGCGUAAAAAUAUACAUUAAAGACAAUUAUAGUUUUCUUGUGACAAAAAUCGUGCUGACCAGUGUAAUUUGCGAAGGCAUUGAUAUAAUGCAUUAUUCCGAAUAAUAAUAGUGCCUGUCUGCAUGUCAAAAGAUCUGCAGCAUUUUGUCUUUAUUUCUGUGAAUUGUAAGAUAUUGUAUAUAUAUAGGUUAGUUAAUGCUACUUAAGUAGGUUUUUGCUCAUUAGUCAACCAUGAUACCAUAUAUCACCUCACUUUUGAUGCUAAUAAUCAUAUUACACAUAUUACGUUUAUUAGUUUACACAUCUUACAAUAUGUGGAUGAUUUACUAAUCCAUUUGUCUCGAGGUGCAAUAAUUUAAUAGGAUAGAUUUUUCAAUUAUUUUUUUUCAUUAGAAAUUAAACGUAAUUUACAUAAGUACAAUUUUUUUUCUACAGAAUACGAAAUUUUAUUUCUUCGAUUUUAUAUGUUGCGACCAAUAUUGAUUUGUACAUCACAAUUGCAUUACAAAAUAGAGAUUAUGCAAGAACAUUUAUAUUCUUGAAUUGGGUGUUACGAAUAUAUUUAAAUGUUCUUUAUUAAUAAUAUUUAUUUUUCAUUAAUUGAUUAUGCAGUAAAAAGUAGGUGCAGUCUGAUAAUAUGCAGCAGAGCAAGAUGUUUCUCAUGUUAUGUAAUUUUGUACAAUACAUGAUGUGGCAUUUCAAAUAUUAUUGCAACAGUUGGCUUUAAGGUUUAUAAUUUAUUAUAAUGUUGUUAAUAACAGCCUGUGGAACCUCAUUAGGAUGAUUAUAAUUUUGUCGGUUGUUAAUCUUUUCAACUAAAAUAAUAUCUCAUUGUGUAUAAAACUGUGACAAACUAAAUGUAAUGAUCUCUUAGAAGAUCAUUAUUUAGUUUCUUAAACUUUCUAUAUUGUUUUAUUCACAGACGAUAUAUAAUGGUAAUUAUUAACGUGAUUCUAAUUAUCUCAUGCUUAUGUGAUGAUGUCAAUGAUAAUGUGCCUAUAAAUCUUAUAUAAACGGGAACAAUGGAAUUCUAUAAGAUUAUAUUUGUGUAAGAAUUUUAAUGUGGUUCUAUUAUUGUGACAUAUCAUUUUCACAGGAGAAAUAGCGUGUUUUCUUUACCAUUUGAUACGCCAUAUUAUCAUAAGACUUUGUAUAUAUCAUUUCAUAAAUUGUUAUAUUUGCGUUAAUAAAGUGCCAAAGAAAACAAACGUUGGAGAGAUAUCCCGUGCGCUAUCCAUGUAUAAUCCAUAGAAAAACUGUGUAAAAUGGACGAAAUAAUAACAUCCAUAAUCAUUUA